AUGACCGCUGCUAUGGCUGUAUCACAUCCCACCGAGAUGGGCCGGUCGGAUCGGCUGGCCAGUAUCUUCUCUCUCCAGAGUAUGACCUCCAUCAGCUCUGACGUGGUGGCUACAAUGACCACCGCCAACUGCGAGAUGGCCAUACUGCCGGUCAGACUUCUCCUGGAUCUCCAACCCAACUACCUGAACCUGGAGAACGGCGUCCUCACCUCCCACAACCAGAGAGGGGGCUUUAAUGUCCUCAGCGACGGGGCCGCAGUCAUAGACGGACAGCAGUGCAGAGUCAUCAACUACAUCCACAGGAAAGUCACGCUGAAGAGCCACAUUGAUUACAAAGAUUACAGAGAAACAAUCCUUGCAAAACCCAUGCUGUUUUUCUUCAACGUGCGAAAGGUCAAGUCUGACUCAGUUUCAGCUAAAACAUUUGCAUUCAUUGUGAACACCCGGCAUCCACAGAUGAAGGCCAGAAUAGAGGGUGGUAUGAAUGAGAUCAUCUCCUCCGUUAUGGGAGAAAACUACUUUUUACAGUUUAAUUUCCACCGUUUGGUAAAAGACUACCUGGAAAGGCAAAACUUUGAGUUGACUGAAGACAACCUGAACUUUUCCUUCACAUUCAAGCUGGACGUGUUUGUUGAUGUGUUCUACUUACUGGGCAUGAGCAAAAAGAACCGUGAUGUGAAUGGGAAGAUUCUGAACUUGUUUUGCACCAACCAUGAGAAGAAAGAGAAAGUGAGAGCUUUCCUGUCGAAAAUGACCUGCCCGCUGAUCAAAUUAGGCAACAGCUUUGACCAUGACCGAAGGCCCAGUAUUUAUUCUCUUGGUAAGCCCUCACAGGAAGACUUUUUUCUGUGA